UAUUAGCGGGAGCAAUGAUGACUCUCGGUAUCACUUCCUUCCUUGUUAUCCCCUUUAAAUACGUUGAAGUUGCUGUAAUUAUAGUCACACUUUGAGGAAAAGUAACAUUGAUAAACAGGUGAUCAAAAUGAGUGGACAACAAGAUUUGAUGGCUAGUUUUAAGGAGGUGGAGCAAUUGCUCAGUGAUGCCGAUAUGCCUCCAGAAGAGAAGACCAGCAGAGGAAGGAAGUGUCUGUGCCACAUAGUGGACACCUUACUUUGUGACAUGAAAAAAAUUUCUGAUGAGGUGAAGAACACUGGUAGUUCCUCAUUUUGUGAACUAAGUCUACAGAUGGUGAAUCAGUUGGUAGACACGGAGGCCUUGUCACAAAUGUUUGUUGAAGAUGCCCAUGGUUAUGGUGAUGAAACACCGGUUUUGUCUCAGGCAAAUGAAUCUGUUAUCCCAGAGAAUAAACUUGUCUCACAGGCUUUUACAUUUUGGAUUGUGAACCGCCUCCUGGCUGUUCUGGUGAGUGAGGAAUGUGCUCCAUACCAUGAGAAAACUAUCACCUCUGUGUACAACAUUCUGCAGCUGUUGAAAGGAAGAGAUACAUAUGCAUUUGCUCAGCUGGCUUCUGAAUUGAUCCUUUGUUUAGGGGACAUAUGUGAAGCAUUCUACCAUGCAGACAUAGCAAUGGAUGAUAGGGAAGAGUUGAAGAGGUUCAAAUCUGAUGAAUUAAUGCGUGGGAUAUACCAGGGAGGUGAUGUUGUUACCUACACUCACAGAGCAGUUUUAUUCUCAAACACUGAAGCUGGGGAGCUACUGCAAGUAAACUUGACGAGAAUAGUUGGUAAAGUGAUAUUUGAAGUCCAUCAGUUUGUAGGUAGGAAGGAACACCUACUCUGGAGUAUACUGGGAUGUCAGCUAGAAUUUGGAGAUGUGGAACUAAAGAGGGUUUCUCUAGAUGUGUGCCAUGCCCUCACAGAAGUGGGUGGUUUGCCCCCAAUGGAGACUCUGGAUUACUAUGUCAGUUGUCUAGGAGCACUGGUGGAGCUGCUUUGUUCAGGCUUUGAUGAUGUGCCAGGUGACUAUCUUGCCUUGGAGACUAGUUUGGCCAACUGUCUUGACACAGUCUUUAACCAACCAGUGUCACCUUCUGAGAUAAAUACAGUGAAUACAGGGCAACUAGAAAGUAUGUUACAAAGACUAUUCCAGGCUGUUACCCAGCAUGGUCUACAGCAGUUAAAAACAGACAGGUUGAGAACAUCUCUGUGUGACACAUUGGUGUCCAUAUUUGAUGGACUGCCCUCAGACAUGGUUCAUAGUAGUUUAAUGUUGAAGAGGAGGAGAGAAAUGGAUUCUGUGAUCAUCAGUGAAAUUGGCCAAAUGGAUAACAGUCAGUACCUAGUGCGUUACAUGUGCUGUGCUGUACGACUGGAUCUCCCAGAUGCCAAACCCAGUUUGUAUUCAGCUCUCUCCUCUUCUUCAACCACUUCCUCAGACCUUGAUAUCCUCAGGCCCUCUACUUCCACAGACUCUGACAGCACAGAUGACAUGGUAGUCAUAGGGAGGAAAAGGAAACUCGGGUUGAAUAGAGGCAAAGGAAAAGACAGCAGUUCUGAUAAUUCUCAGAAUUAUCCAACAACAGCAAUAUCCAGGAAAUCGCCAACUUGGAACUUGAUGCUCAGCAAACUAAACCAGCUUUGUAAAGCCUUGCAAAGUGGAGCCACCGAGACUCGAGUAGUGAACAUUAUGGAGGGAUUAAGAACUGUUGUGGAAGUUGCUGUAUGGUGUGUUGUUAAGAAGGGCAGGGGUGACGUGGAUGACAAAGAUAAUAUUAGGCUGCCAAAUGUUCCUAGCACUCCCUCCAGACAGCCAGUUGGUUUGACUAACAGAGAUAACUUGUCAGAAUGGCUCAAUAACAGCAUGGUGGAGACCAUAUUUGAGGCUUGGAAACAUCACUUCCUACAGUGCACACAGUCUAGUGUUCUCAUGACCUCCUUGUCCAAGUGUUACAGGAAGAUUGUGGAAACCAUUGCCUCAUUGAUGUUUGUGUCAGAUCAGUCUGGGCUGUCAUUGCAGUUGAUGACCAAUCUAGCAUGGAUGACAUCACUUUACUGGAUUCCUAAUGAUCCUACCUGGAUUGAUUUGAAGCCUGUAAACAGCAAAGAAGUAGCAGUACUUGCUUCUGCACUUGCUGAAAAAUUAGAUCCUGAUGUGGUAGCAGAUGCACUUACAGCUUUGUGUCUGUUUCCCAAAGACAUCUGUUCCAAAUGGAGGACUCAUGCUCUCAGACUGGCAGUGAAUGAUUCUUCUGAUAUCCUGCGCUGUGCUGCUAUCAGAAACUGCCCUUUCUUGUUCCACACUUUGGGACCAAAUACAGAUCACCUUGUGCGUGAUUUGCUGCAUGAUUGUAUACAAGACAAGAGUACUGCUGUUCAGAAACAUUUGGCAGAAGUUGUUGGAAAACUUGUAUGUGUCAUGUCCAGAAAAGCUGUCAUAGAAAGACCAGUCCAGGAUGUCAGAGCCAAAAGUUUUACAACAUUAGUUCUGAAGUGUGCAGCCUGUGAUUCUCUGCCUGUGUUUGAGGUGAUUGGCAGUCCAGGUAGCAGACCAAAGUUGGUAGACCCAAAAAUGUUUUCACCCUUCAUGACUCUGUUGACCUCUGAUAAGAUUGUCAAGCAAAGUCUAAUUGAAAGUUUUGACAGAUUGUUUGGUCACAUUAAGAUUCAUUCCAAUAAUGAAUCCACUGUGGGCAUGCUGAACAUGUGCCUGGAGCUGAUUGAAGAUCCUGACUACCAUGUCAGACUGGCAUUCAGCAAAUGCAUCCAGUACCUUGUGAGUGCUGACCAAGCAGAUAUUGUUAGCGAGAUGAUUGUCAACAAAUUGAAAUCUGCCUACACAGUUGCUAAGAACCAGAGUGACCAUAGGCUACAAGAAACAGUGAUUUUGACAAUAGGACAACUGGGAAGAGUUUCAGAGGGUCAGUUGUUGUUGGUGGUCUUGCUUAUUCUGCUGAAGUGUCUGAUAUCAGAAGAGCCUCUGCCUGCAGCUAUUGCCAGGGGACAGAUUCAGAUGGUUGCCAAGUACAAAAAGACCAAGCUGCAGGCACUUUUCAUUCAGUUCAGGCUCCAUAUUUGUAAGGAGUUUCUGGUGGAAGCUCUUCAUGAAAGCAUGUCCACUCUACAAGACACCAAGAAACCAUAUGAGAUAUUGACUGAAGUUGCAAGUGUUUUUGAGUUCCCAGAUGUCAAGACAUUCAUUCAGAGUGUUAUAAAAAAGCACCUGCUUCCUCCACUGGCUAUGAAGGCAACUCCAGUAGCUUCUAGCCUUGUAAAAAUAAUGGCACAAGCCCUUGGAUAUGGGACUCGCAAGAAACUUAUGAUAGAGAACAUGCGUUACAUCUUCUGUUACCUCAUUUGUACUUGUGAAGAUGUGGAGAUGAAAAGAGUGAUCUCUUUUCUUGAGAGGGAAACCACAUUUGAGCUGCCUGCACUGCUGAGGUUCCAGUACCAAGAAGCAAUCAAUGAACUCUGCCUGCACAUGAGUACAAACUACAACAGGAUUUUCAAUGGACUUAAGACUAUAGCUACCAAGAAGGAAGGUCACGAAGGAAGAGUGAUAACAACCACAGAGCAGAUGGCUGAAUUUCUGCAACCUCAUUUUCUAGCUGUGAUUGCAUCAUUUGAUUAUCACUUGUCCAACGCCAAUGUGCCACUGGAUGAAAAGAAAAUGGCAUUGGACAGCCUCUCUUCCAUCAUCCGCUUAAUGGGAACAAAACAUAUAACAGCGGUUAGAAUGAAAGUCUUGAACACCCUGAGGUUGACUACUAGAUUUAAGGACAGAGGUUUUGCAGAGGUCAGCUAUAAGGCAUGGAAUGUAUAUGUUCGAAGCAUUGAUCUGUCAGCUUUGGGUCCCAUGCUGUCCCAGAUCAUUGUUUCCCUUCUGCCACUGCUUUACGAGCUACCGGCUCAAGUAUCACAGCUUUUCAACUAUUUGAUUGUAGAGAACAGGAAUGCUCUGCUGUCUCAUUUCUGUGAGCUGUCCUUCCUGCCAGACAUUCCAGAACUGGUGGACAUCAACGCCGUGCUGAAGAAAUACACUGAAGGUUCUGCAAAAAACCAAGAUGUCCGCACCCAAAUAGCCCGUGCUUUAAAGGGAGUUAGUCAUGAGUGUCUGGAUGUCAGACUGCUGGCUUUGUCCAAACUGAGACAAACACUACACAGCAAUCAGACUGCUCUCCAUGAGCUUCUUCUUGGAAAUGAGACCGUGGAUCCAGUUAUAUCACAGCUAGUGGCAGUGCUUCUUGACAGCUGCCGUGAGUCUGACUCAUCUGCUAGGAACGUAGUAGGUGAAUGCCUUGGUGAGCUGGGAGCAGUGGACCCAGGAAGACUGGAAUUUAAGACCAAUGACCCUAAAGAAGAGUUGGCCAAGUUCCACGCCAGUGUGAAUGAGAUGAACUUUGCAUUUGACCUGAUCAAUGAGUUGGCAAGGACAUUCUUGGCUGCACAAGAUACUGCACAGGACUGUUGUUCCCUUGCUAUCCAAGAUGUUCUCCAGGCGUAUGAGGUCAAGGACACUGGAGAGCCAGACCAACCAGGUGUGAAACUGUGGAGGCGUUUUUCAGAACAUGUGAAAGAAAUUCUCACUCCACUUCUUAAGUCUAGAUAUGUCCUCAAUAUGACAAACAGCUGGUCAAAUUUACCACAUCCCAUCUAUGGAAGUCGCAAAGGCAGCAACUUCAAGGAGUGGGUGAGCACUUGGUCAACAAGUUUGGUCUCAAAGGUAAAGCUACCAAAAGCUUCCAAAGUGUUCCGAGCCUGCAGUGCAGUGUUCAAGCAUGACACCCAGUGUGCCCUGUAUCUGCUGCCACACAUUGUGGUACAGGUGCUACUAGAUGGAGAUGCUGCUCAGCAUCAGGAGAUAUACGAAGAAGUGCUCUCUGUGCUGGACCAUGUGAAGAAGCCAGACACACGUCAGGGUAGCGCCUCAGAUUUCCGCCACAUGAGUGCACAGACUGUCUUCUCAGUGCUGGAUCACCUGACAAAAUGGAAGAGACACAAGCUCCAGCACUUAGCACAUUCAAGUCAGAGGGCUAAAUCAGAAGCUGAUUAUGCUAGAGAUCCAGAAUACCACAGUAUCAAGUUGUUCCUGGAUAAGAUUCCACAGGACACCCUGGCAGAGGCUUCCUACAACUGCAAGGCCUACACAAGGGCACUCAUGCACCUUGAACAAUUCAUCAAACCAUCUGAACAGAUAAUGCAUGAACAUUUAGAUUUCUUACAGAAACUGUAUGUAGCCAUGGAUGAGCCUGAUGGUGUGGCUGGUGUGACUGCCAUAAGAAAGGAUCCCCCAACUCUUACAGAACAAAUACUAGCUCAUGAAAGCAUAGGCCAGCUGCGAGAGGCAGCAUCUUGUUACGAGAGAGCUAUCCAGUUGGAGCCAGAUGAAGUCAGCCAUCAUCAGGGCCUGAUGAAAACCUUGAUGGACCUUGGGCAGCUCAACACAGCUCUGGUGCAUGCAGAUGGGGUGCUGCAUAGCAAGCCUCAGUGGAGUAGCAGUAUCAAUGCAUACAGAGCCGAGGCCUCCUGGAAGCUGGGCAGUUGGGACAAACUGGAAACUUUCCUUAAUGUGGAGGACAAACAGCAGAGCUGGGGAGUGGGCUUAGGGCAGGUUUUGUUGGCAGCCAAGUAUAAGAAAGAGAGUGAGUUUUUAGAUCAACUUCGUGUCCUGCGUAGCACACAGAUGGGGCCUCUGUCAGCUGCCAGUAUGGAGAAGGGCUCAUAUCAAAGAGGAUACGAAUAUAUUGUCAGGCUCCAUAUGUUGAAUGAAAUAGAGCAGGGUGCCAGGACGCUAUUACAGUUCCCACACACAGCAACAGAUGGCACUACUCCCAUUACUUUCCAGAAACUUCUCCCAUACUGGGACUCCAGGCUGCAACUGGCACAAUCAUCCUUUAGAGUCCAGGAACCUUUAUUAACUCUGCAAAGGGUGAUUUUACGUCUAGUCAACCAGGAGCAAGACGUGAAUGUAGACAGAGACAUCGGAAGAUUGUGGCUAAGGAGUGCCAAGGUGGCCAGGAAAGCUGGUCAUCUCCAGACGGCAUACGGAACUUUGCUGAAUGCCAGCGCCUUCAACCUGCCAGAGUUUUGUGUGGAGAAAGCAAAAUGGUUAUGGCAUAAGGGUGACUAUGACCAAGCCCAAAGUUGCUUGGAAAAAGGCGUGGCACAGUUCUAUUCUGAUAAGUCUAAGCUGAAGCAAGGUGGUUCAGAGGAAGCAAGAGCAGAGAGACUAGAGUUUGCAAAGGCAUUGCUGCUGUAUGCCCGCUAUAGUGAAGAAACUGCCAGCAUGGAAACCAAUGCUAUAUUCAAGCUGUACAAAGAAGUGACUGAUGUGUAUAAUGACUGGGAGGAUGGUCAUUUCUAUCUGGCCAGAUAUUACGACAAAGUGAUGACCACAUUGGCUGACCCUGACAAACCUGAAAAAAUUGGCCAAUUCAUAGGCCAUGUGAUAAAGAAUUUUGGCAACUCCCUCUUGUAUGGCAGCCAGUAUAUCUAUCAGUCUAUGCCAAGAAUGCUGAGUCUGUGGUUAGAUCAUGGUACCUCUGUCAUGGAGCAGGAGAAGCACUUCCAGAGACUGCUGGACAGACGUGGAGGAACUGCUGCCAACACAAACCCACCACCUGCCCUGGUGUAUUGUAGAAAUAAUUUACAGAACUUAAACAAGAGCAUAAGUUUCUAUAGAGAAAAGCUUGCUCCUUACCAGCUGUUGACUGCCUUCCCACAGCUCAUCUCCAGAAUAUGCCAUGGAAAUGACGGAGUUUUCUCCGAACUUCAGGAAAUGAUGGCCCACUUAGUUGUUCACUUCCCCCAGCAGGUCAUGUGGAUGAUGAUGGCAGUGUCUAAGUCUUCCUAUCAAGUCCGUGCCAGACGAUGUCAGUCCAUCCUUGCCAGAGCAAAAGAACUGAAUCCGUCUUUAAACAAGUUUAUUCAGGAUGCCACCAAGUUGUCUGAGAGGCUGAUUGACCUUAGCAACAAAAAUGUUGGUGCACUUACUCUUAGCAUCACUCAAGACUUCCGUUCUUUGAAAAGACUUCUAGAUGACAAAAACUUCAGCCACAUCCUCCUUCCCUUGCAAUCCUCCAUGACUGCCACUCUGCCUGCCAGUCCAGGAAGACAUGUAGAUCAUGACCCUUUUCCCGGUCAACUGAUUUAUAUCACUGGCUUUGAAGAUGUGGUGGAAGUUCUGAAUUCUCUGCAGAAACCCAAGAAGGUUACAAUAAGAGGAAGUGAUGGUGCAAUGUACACAAUGUUAUGCAAACCAAAGGAUGAUUUACGCAAAGAUUGUCGCUUGAUGGAAUUUAAUGGAAUUAUAAAUAAAUGUCUGCGCAAGGACCCAGAAUCUAGGAAAAGGCAGCUGCAUAUUAGAACUUACGCUGUUGUUCCCCUUAACGAGGAGUGUGGGAUCCUGGAGUGGGUUCCUAACACACAUGGACUGAGGAACAUCUUGUUGAAGAUCUACAAGGAGAAAGGCACCUACAUGGGAGGCAAGGAGCUGAAGGCCUGCAUGGUGCCAGUGAGUGCACCCAUUGAGCAGAAGAUGGAUGUUUUCAAGAAUAAACUGCUUCCAAAGCACCCUCCAGUGUUCAGUGAAUGGUUUCUCAGGACAUUCCCUGAUCCAACAGCUUGGCACAUGGCCCGCCUGGCGUAUGCCAGAACUACUGCAGUGAUAAGCAUGGUGGGGUACAUCCUUGGACUGGGAGACAGACAUGGAGAGAAUAUCCUCUUUGACUCUACCAACGGAGACACUGUACAUGUGGACUUCAACUGUCUUUUUAAUAAGGGUGAAAGCUUUGAGUGUCCAGAAGUAGUUCCAUUUAGACUUACUCAUAAUAUGGUAGAUGCCAUGGGUCCAAUGGGGUUUGAGGGAAUCUUCAGGCGUGCUUGUGAGGUGACUCUUAGAGUUAUGAAAGACCAGAUGGAUCCAUUGAUGUGUGUUCUGAAAACAUUUAUAUAUGAUCCUCUGGUGGAAUGGAGAAAGCCUGCCAAAGGAAGAGCCAACCCUUUAGAAAGUGGAGAAAUAGCCAAUGAAAAGGCCACAGCUGACGUUCAAAAUAUUGAAGCCAGACUGAAGGGAAUUUUGAAAAAUAAGAGAGGUUUGCCGCUUUCAAUAGAAGGUCAUGUUAACUACCUUAUUCAGGAGGCAACCAGUGAAAAGCAACUAUGUCAAAUGUACAUUGGCUGGGCAUCAUAUUUAUGAAAAUAUCUG